UUGUGUCACUUACCCCUCCAAGCACGUCAAUAGCCAGUAGCCACCAGCCACCAGCCACCAGAUUGGCGAGUACUCCGUAAGUUGACCUUGCGCUGGGUAAAUGCUCUGCCGCAUACGACCGGAGCCUCGGUUGGAGCUUCUCGUGACUUCCCUUCCUUAGGUGACUGCUUACCUAGGCACGCAUACCCACAACGCACCCCUCCAUCACCUCAUUGUUGUCCUCUUAAGCAACCAAUUGUUCUUUUAUUCACCAUCCAACCCCCACCAUUGACGCAGCUGACCAAAGCAAAACUACUGAUAAUCAAAGCUUCUCUCUCUCAGAAUAGCUGCACAUCCCACCGAAAUGUCUGGACUCAAAGAAGGUGAUCAAUUCCCGGACGACGUGGUGUUCUCAUACAUCCCAUACACACCGGAAUCUGAAGCCAUUACUGCUUGCGGCAUCCCAAUCAACUACAACGCAUCGAAAGAAUGGGCCAACAAGAAAGUCGUCCUCUUCGCAGUCCCAGGGGCCUUUACUCCAGGAUGCUCAGUCCGCCACCUGCCAGGUUACAUUGAGAAUUUGGAAAAGAUCAAAGGCAAAAAAGUCGAUAUCGUCGCAGUACUGGCGUACAACGACGCCUUUGUCAUGAGUGCAUGGUCCAAGGCUAAUGGGAUCAAAAAUGAUGACAUCGUGAGUUCGCUUCUCUGCAAGUGGUUUCCCUUUUUGUUCAAAGACGUUGGAGGGGGUCAGCGAUCGAAGUCCGCGAUGGCGUACUGAAUGAAGCCCAUGAAUCACUACCAAGAUAGCAUUCCUGAACGAGAAAAGAGACGACGAAAACAACAACUAACGGCGAGCGUAUGACAGCUGUUCCUUUCCGACCCCGAGACCAAAUUCUCCAAAUCAAUCGGCUGGACCUUAGGCGACCGCACAGCCCGCUACGCUCUCAUCAUCGAUAACGGGAAAAUCACUUAUGCGGAGAAGGAGCCCGGAAGAGAUGUCACGGUGAGUCCAAGAAUUCCAUGAAUCUCGAUUUUGCUUGUGAUCGAUUCUUCGAUUGUUUCGAUCGCUCCGAUCGGAUUUCCGCCUAUACUUUUUCUGGUGGCUCGAUUUGGCUGCCUGGCUAGCUAUAUUAGAGUUUUACAGCAAACCUGUAUCAAAGCCGUACCAAGUCGGGCCCCCCGUACAUACUAAUGUCCUCACAUGAAUCGGAAAGGUUCCUGCGUUGUUUUUCUCUUGCAUUUAGCCUUAUUCUGUUGAUGCAACCCGGUAUAUCUGGCUGUUUUGGAACUGGGCCCUUGCUGACUCUUUUCUUUGUAUAGGUUUCGGGGGCUGCCGCUGUGCUUGCCAAAUUGUGAUGUGGGUCGGUGGCUGUUACACGAGGUACGGUACUGCAUCUGCACAUAUCAAGCAACAUGGACGGACGACUACUCAAGCUGCUUGUAUACGGGAUCCGAGGGAAAAAUCCACCUUCUCAGGGAGACUUCCGGACGCUGUAUUGAAUCCAGCAGAAAACUUUCGAAAUAUGAUUCCGAUUAGCAUCGUGGCUGUCGGGUCUAGGUAGACGGUUUCACAGCCAGCAAAAUUCUAGACAUAAGAUGAUAAAAUACAAUCAUGAUCAUAGUCAUUCUCCGACCCCGUAGAGACGGGAUCCCGGCGUUGGAAAGCCAG